CUGCAGCCAGCAAGCUGGAGGUCUCCAUGCCGGCGGUAGUUGAAGUGGAGAGUGGGGGCACAGCCAGGAUCGAGUGCAACUUCUACAUCCCUGGAAACGGUUCCUACACCUACAUCAACUGGUCCUAUGUGAGUGAUGGACCGCAGCAACCGGGUGAGCCUGUGCAGCAUCAGGGCGGCAAGAUCCUGGAGGAGAACACGGACUACAAGGGGCGGCUAUCGGUGGGGGAGGACAAGGCCCUCUCCAUCAGCAGGGUGACGGUGCAGGAUGCCAGGACCUUCAUAUGCCAGGUCGAGGCAGGCAGCCACGGCAUGGGCGAGAACCGCACUGAGCUCCACGUCUACAAGGUCCCCGAGGCCCCUGAGAUCGUGGCCAACCCAGGAGGCAUCUCUGUGCACAGCAGUGACAUCCCGCAGAUUGCCCGCUGUGUGAGCAGGAACAGCUUCCCACCCCCCAACAUCACCUGGCACAAGAAUGGGGAGCAGCUGCAGCCGGAGGAGAACAUGGUGAAGAUCUCAGCCACGCUGACCCGUGAGUCGAGCGGGCUGUACACGGUGAGCAGCACCCUCUUCGCCCACGUCACCCGGGAGGACCGCAACUCCCUCUUCCACUGCACC